CUGAGGGGAAGAACAGAGGAGAGGGGUGACAUUAUAUAGAGAGAGAGAGAGAACACAGAGACUGGGAAUACUGGGAGAAGGCGAGACAGAAGGUGAAGAGGAGUGAGGGGGAGAGAUUAGUAGGGAGAGGGGAAAGCUCUGAGAGAGGAUUCUUGGCGAGGAGGGAGCAGGAAAAGGGAAGGAGAGCGAGAAAGAGAGAGAGGGGGGUAAAAGGAGACCCAGAGACUGGAUCCAUUUCUUGCUGGGGUUUGGAGGAUAGAGAAGGAGGGAGAGGGUGUUGGGAAGGGAGGUAGAGGAUUUGCUGUAGCAGUGGAGAGUGCUGGUCCCUAUGGAGGAGUGAUCUGGAUCUGGAGGUGCAGCGCAAGAAUAACACACAGGAGGAGGGUUAAACAAUAGGGUUAUCUGCAGGGAGACUCACAGCCACAGCAAGGAUGCAGUUUGCCUUUGGGAUCAUACAUGGGGCAGGGCUCCUGCUGCUCCUCAUCGCUCACACUGCCCUGGCACAGCGAUGGCGCAGUGAGUUUGAAGACGAGAGGCCGGUGGAUCUUGAGAGUUCAGGGGAUGAUUACUUUCUAGAAGAUGAGGAGAUGGAUGGUUUUUACUCCGCCUCUGGAUCUGGUUAUUUUGAGAGGGAGACCAGGGUUGAUUCGGGUGUCCGAUUCACUACAGAGACCCCAGUUUCACCUUCCUCAGUUACAGCACUGAAACCUGCACCCACAAUUCACACACAUGCUCCUGAUGAAAGCACCUGGGCUUUGCCAACCACCCAAGUACCAGUAGUGCACCGGCACCACCCAUGGGAGCCUCCUGAGACUCCAGAGACUACAUCUGUGCCUGCUUCUCCAGCACCCACUAGUCCUACCAAAGAGGCUCCAACCACAUCAGUAGUAACCACAGCAACAGCCAGGACAACAGAGGUGCGCAGGCUGCAACCAGUUGUAGUAAUUUCGACUGUUGCAACACCCACACAACAUCCCACUGUGGAAGAGACCAUGACUUUGGAAAUGACCGAUAACCAAUUCUCAACCAAUGCCAGUCAAAGCGGAAGGCUCUGGCCUACUGAGGGUGAAACAGUAGUGUUUACAACCUCUGUAGAUGAACGUGUUAUUGAAACCAUUGGAGAUGUGCUACCCACUCAGCAGACACAGACAGACAGCUGGAAGAUGACAACAGUUACUGCUCGCGACAGUGAUUUUGAGAUUCCAGUCAGUGGUGGGCCAAGUGGGGACUUUGAAAUCCAAGAAGAGGAUGGUGUGUCUCAAACUGAACCACCAACAAUAAUGGACCUUGGUAAUGAGGUUUUUCCACCUGGUACAUCCCCAUCUCGACCAGGAGGAGGAAGAAAAGCUGGCACCGGCCUUAUUGAUAACACUGUAGAUUCUGGAAAUACACUGGCACAAAUGCCCCAGAAAAACAUUCUUGAGAGGAGAGAAGUAUUAAUAGCGGUAAUUGUAGGUGGUGUUGUUGGAGCUCUGUUCGCUGCAUUCUUGGUGAUGCUGCUGAUUUAUCGGAUGAAGAAAAAAGACGAAGGAAGCUAUGCACUGGAGGAGCCCAAACCAGCCAGUGUUUCCUACCAGAAACCGGACAAUCAUGAAGAGUUUUAUGCAUAGUAAGGGGAUGCACACUGCGGCCAACCCUUUCCUAGUCCAUAUGCCUAGCGAGCCUGCGGCCAUUUUCUACCCUACCCUUUACUUUCAUGACUCAACACUUUGACGGGAUGUAAGCGAACCUUGGUGUGGGUCACAUCAGGACAAUCCAUCUCCUCUUACAAAUCGAAAACUGUUCUUCUUUUACGGAUUACUAUUUUGUUGCCUUCUUUCUGCAAUUCCUGCUUUUGUCCAUAAAAUUAAUCAUAGCUGCCCCAUGCAGCUUUGGUUCUUCCUCCAGUCUUUGCUAUGAAUUUAACUCUUGACAACCACCACGGAGCAGCAGCUCACAAAAGCACAAGAGAUUUAUUAUUGGUUUAGCAGUAGUGCGGUAUUGCUGUACACGAUUAAAAUAUACUGCAGAACAAGUGACUUCCACUUCCCAAUUUCUCCAGAAGUCUAAAUAUUUCCUUCUGUAUUGAAGAACAGGACAAAACGGAAAGUUAUUUAAAAACUGUUUACAUUUUAAUAACCCAUAUUAACUUUUUUGUUUUUUUAAUUAAUAUAUAUACAUAUAUACAUACUUGGUUUUUCUCCGGCCACAGGCUUAGUACCUAAACUGUACAUAGGAUCUUGUGUAAAUUAAUAAAACAUUACAUAAAGGGACUUAAGUAGGAUAAAUAACAAAUUCAUAUUUUUUUUUUUUUUAAUCUUUAAGCAAAAAUAGUUUUCUGCAGAAAUGUUAUGAUUAUAAACUUUUAAAUAGGCAAGUGUCCCUUUCUCUAUGCCAGGGGACUCUGAUGGAAUGAAAUAGAGGUUUCAGUGACAGUGCCAUAAUUUGGUUUUUAAUCAAAUUAAUCUCUAUACUGCUAGAGCCCUGCUCACAUAGCCAUCCCCCAGUGAUGCUGAACAGAAGUGAAAUUCUCACUCAAUGUCGGUGUGCACUUUAGCCUGAUAUAAAGGCUUAUGUCUGGACGGCUAUUGCUUUCUAUUCCUUCGCUUCUACCAAUGCACCAGAUCAUCAUGGUACGUGUGAGGGAGAUGAACAAAAUUUUAAACAAAAACUCCUAUCUAGCACCAGAUGCAUGUAAAUAGUUUUAAUAGGAAUUUAGUCUCUCAAACCCCAUCGUCUUAACUUCCAGCUUUGCAUUCAACCCAUAUUUAGUAAAAAUAAUUUUUAUUGAACAUUUUCUAGCAAGGCUAUGAUUUAUCUGCUGUAAAGGCUGAUUGCUGGAUUAAAGGAUCACACUGGGCACCAUAACAACUUUGCAUUAAUGCAGAGGGUGUACUGUAGCCAGUCUCCCUGUUAAGAAGGAUUUAUAUAUGCAGUGAUAUGCUGCAGCUAUAAGCGACGCCUCCUGGCACUUAGAUACCAAAGCAGUUAUUUUUACUUCACUCUUUGCCGUUCGAGAUCAAUCCAACUUGUGCAUACAGCAAGCCUACUGCAUGUACAACUAGGACAGACAUUUCCUUCCUUGCCUGGAGCUGUGGCAAAAUGCAUGCAUAUUUGGCAGAUCUCUGCAUACAGCAUGAUUUGCAAAGCUAUAAACCAGACUGUAAAUAGGUGGAUAGUAGCCAUGGCAUGCCUGCUAUCUGCUUAUUGAGCAAUUUAAUUCAUCAACUGUGAUGCGUGGAAUUGCAGCAGGACCAUAAACCUAUCCCAUAAAACCCUGCUGGACAAGAGAUUAUGGGACAAGGAAACGCUAAGAAAAAAAUCAAAAACACAAACCAGAAUUAGAGGCUCUUGAUUGGCCAGUACUCUUCCUGUUAGAGGUCUGCCAAAAACAGUCCCUGUUUUUGCAAGUGCUACAGUUACAGGAAUUUUAAGGUGGAGUAUUUAUUGUUUUAUGUUUUCUUUUAUUAUUUAAAUUCCAUAAUAGGAUUGUAACCAGAAACGUAAUUUGGACUAUAUUGGUAUUGAUAAUAUGCCACUGGGACAUGAAUGUAAAUGUGGCUACGGUCCAUGAUGGGGAAUGUUUACUUUUGUGUUUUAGUGGAAUUUUAAAUGUCUAAAGAAAAGGUGUUAUAGUGAAUUUUUUUUUAAUGAACCCCUAUCGCCCAACAACCGUAUCAUUUCAUUGUCCAAUAGUACACUGUUUUAAUUUAAACUUCAUAAAGGGAGACUAGGUGCAAAAUUUCGGUAAUUAUUUUGUACAGCUACAGCAACCAUUCUUCAGAGCUUUGCAAAAUGUAACUUCUAAAAUGGCCAGGAUCAAAACCUAAUUUUGUUUUGUAGAACAUUUGCUACCUGCAAAUUAAAAUGUGGGUUAGCUGCUAACUGAAGAUGGAUCCUGGGUGAUAAAAUUAUUUCUAGGGAGGGAUUUGGGUAAUCUGGUUAUACUGUAUGGAACAUUUUUUGUAUGUACGUAGUUCACUAGGAUUUUAGCAUUACAGUUUGCUUCUAUAAGUCUGUCCAGAAUGUUUCUGUAUCUCACUGCACAGACUUUAAAGCCAAAAUCUAAUCUAAUGUUAAACCGGUUACUUAAAACGAGCAAAAUUCGAAUAAUUUCACUUAAAAGUUAAACUGUAUAUUUGCCAAUAAUUCUUACGCAAUGUUGCAGUAAUGUUUCUUCCUAAUUUUAUAAUUAUUUCUGUGCUGUACCCAUUAAGGAUAAUAAAAAAUGUAAACUUUGAAAUUUCAUUUUUUUUUAGCUGCCGUUUCUUUCUCAAUACUUCUUGCCUAAUAUAGGUGAGUAAAUGUAAAUUCACAAGCAGGGAUGGAUGACAUUCUUAAUGGCAAUAAAGGGAAACAUUCACUUAUCUGGAAAUUACACCAUUAAAUAAAACCCUGAGAAUUGUCUAACAUGUCUUCAUGAGAUCCAUUUUUCUUUUAAAUGUAUAUUAACGCGUUUACAUAGUAGUCUAGGUUGAAAAGACUAAAGUUCAACCAUGGCAAAUUACAUUACAGUCUAGUUUAGUAAAGUCUCAGCCAGGGCACAUAUUGCAAUAAUAGGAGAAAUGAAAUCAUUGUUUCAUAAUGCCUCUUAUCUGUAUGCUUUCUCUGUUGACUGAGAGAUGUAUAGACGGGAUCUUAUAGCUAUGUAAAAAAAUAAAAAUAAAGAGCAUUACAGCA